CAGUACAAUCCAUUGUCUGAAAUCCGACGCGCUCUCUUUCUCUCUCUCUCUCUUUCUUUUUUUCACGAGUUUCUCGAUUCAAAUACCAGGGGAAAGUGUUUGUUUUUGAGUUAGAUAACGCGGAAAAACGGUGCCGUACAUGCUCUGUGAAGAGAGAUGGCAAUAGAAACUGAGCAAAAGUCACCGUCCGAUGGCAAAGUUUGGGGAUUUUUUAAGCUUCCGUUUCGGCAAUCCGGGAACAAUACCAGCACAACGUCGUCUUCGUCCUCGGCUUCCCAUCUUUACGGUCAAAGUCAACCUAACGUUGAAGGAUCGAACCAUCAGGGCUCUGCGAAUUCGGUUUCCUCAGUCGCAAAGUCGCUUUUGCCUACUCGGCGUCGGCUCAAGCUUGAUCCGGGCAGUAAGCUCUACUUUCCAUAUGAACCUGGAAAACAGGUGAGGAGCGCGGUCAGGAUAAAGAACACGAGCAAGUCAUAUGCAGCUUUCAAGUUUCAAACAACAGCACCGAAGAGUUGUUUCAUGCGUCCUCCGGGUGCUAUUCUUGCUCCUGGUGAGAGCAUCAUAGCAACUGUGUUCAAGUUCGUGGAGCAUCCAGAGAACAAUGAAAAACCAAUGGAUCAAAAGAGCAAGGUUAAGUUUAAAAUCAUGAGUCUCAAAGUGAAAGGUCCAAUGGACUAUGUACCUGAGCUGUUUGAUGAGCAGAAAGAUCAAGUGGCAAUAGAGCAAAUAUUACGGGUUGUUUUUCUAGAUCCUGGGCGUCCUUGUCCUGCUCUCGAAAAAUUGAAGCGCCAAUUAGCUGAUGCGGAUGCUGCAGUUGAGGCACGCAAAAAACCUCCAGAGGAUACAGGUCCAAGGAUUAUUGGGGAAGGACUUGUCAUAGAUGAAUGGAAGGAGCGAAGGGAAAGAUACCUUGCUCGACAGCAGGUUGAAGGAGUAGACUCAGCUUAAAGUGGUGGUUCUUCGUCAGUUGCUUUAUCAUGUGAUUGAAAUUUUAUAUAAUCCUCUCUUAUACCCCUCCUCAAAUCUUUUCGAGUAACGCAAAGGGUGUUGUCUUGAAAGAAUGAUCAGGAAAACUCCUCAUGUUUUGUUGUUGUAUAAAAGUGAGCUGAAUUUUCUGUAAUUGGAGACUUGAAAACUCAUCUAGUUUACCUUCUGCUGUGUAGAUAAUGUGAUUUUGUCGCCUCCCUUAGGGAAUAAAACUGUUCUUCACGGGGAUCUAAUAUACUGAAAAGGAUCUCAAAGUGAGUAGGAGUGUUCCGAUGCCUAUUCGACAAUGUCUGCAUCAAUUAUCUUUAGAAUAUGUUAUAGCAUUUCUGGUGUUUUUUGUCUA